CGCGGUCCUCCUGUCUGUGUCCCGGUGGCCUGGUUCCGGGUCUGUCCUCCGUGCUGCCGCCCCGCCGCCGGAGGGGUGCUGCCCCUUCUUGCUUAGGGUUUUAGGGGCCUGCGUGGCUUCGGGGAAGCGGUCCAGCCGGCCCCGGGACCCUGCGUGCGCAGCCUGGCGGCCCGGCGCCCCCCGCUGCUGCCGGCCCUCCCGGGAGCCACCGGCUCUUCACUGGGCGGCCGUAACCUCCGAGGGCAUGUGUUCCGGGCCCAGCGCUUUCGGUUCUCGGAGGAGCCGGGCCUGGGAGCGGAGGGGGCCAUGCUGGAGGUCCGCGUCCCGCAGGUCCUGCAUCUUCAGUACGGAAUGUACAUCUGGCCCUGUGCUGUAGUCCUGGCCCAGUACCUGUGGUUUCACCGAAGAUCUCUACCAGGCAAGGCUAUCUUAGAGAUUGGAGCUGGAGUGAGCCUUCCAGGAAUUAUAGCUGCAAAAUGUGGCGCUGAGGUGACACUGUCCGACAGCGCAGCGCUGCCUCACUGCCUGGAAGUCUGUCGGCAGAGCUGCCAAAUGAACCACCUGCCGCAGGUGCGUGUUGUGGGACUGACAUGGGGUCACCUCUCUCUGGACCUUCUGGCUCUGCCACCCCAAGAUAUUAUUCUUGCAGCUGAUGUGUUCUUUGAACCAGAAGACUUUGAAGACAUUUUAACUACAGUAUACUUUCUGAUGCAGAAGAACCCCAAGGUCCAAUUGUGGUCAACUUACCAGGUAAGAAGUGCUGACUGGUCACUUGAAGCUUUGAUCUACAAGUGGGAUAUGAAAUGCGUCCACAUUCCUCUGGUGUCUUUUGAUGCAGACAAGGAGGCUAUAGCAGAAUCUGCCCUUCCAGGAAGACAUACUGUUGAAAUGCUGGUUAUCUCCUUUGCAAAGGACAGUCUCUGAAUUACACCUACAAGCUGUUUUGGGACAGUGUAGCAACUUGGUAUGCCCAUUAGGAUCCAAACCACUUCAGCCUGCGAGUACAAGCCAUGGGUUUCAAGAUGCUUAGAUCUAUUGGCCUUAAGACUGUGAUGUGUCUACUAGACAGUACUUGUGGGAUACAUAGCCACGGAAACAAAAAUUAAAACACCUAUUAAGGACUCA